AUGAAGAGACACAAGUGGUCCUACAAAUGUCCCUCACGAAGGAAGAUCUUGAUUCUGUGUGUUACUGGAUGGCUGAUUGCACUGCUGAAGCUCCUCCAUGUCGAAAGACACUUUUUUCCCUCUAGAGGCAUUUACUUAGUUGAGCACUUUUUGAGCACUUCUUCUUAUGUUAGAAACAGAUAUUCAUACCCUAGAAAUGAGUUCCAGUAUGAUAUUAAUUGUUCAUCUAUAUAUGAACAAGAUCCUCAUGAAAUUGGCAAGAGUUUAGAGAUAAGAAGAAAAGAAAUAGUUGAUUUAGCUGAUGAAGAUGUUGUAGCAAUGACAAGUGACUGUCAUGUGUAUCGUUCACUUAGGAAAUACCAGCUAAAACCUGUUUCUCCAGAGGAGGAGAGUUUUCCGAUUGCCUAUUCUUUGGUUGUUCACAAAGAUGCGGCAAUGGUAGAAAGGCUCAUACAUUCAUUGUACAGUCGUCAAAAUAUUUACUGUAUCCAUUAUGAUCAAAAAGCAGCAAAAAGCUUCAAAUCUGCUUUGAACAAUCUAGCUAAAUGUUUCCCAAAUAUUUUCAUUGCAUCAAAAUUGGAGACAGUGGACUACGCACAUAUUUCACGUCUGCAAGCAGAUUUCAAUUGUUUGUCUGAUUUGAUGGACUCUGCAGUUCCUUGGAAGUAUGUUAUCAAUUUGUGUGGCCAAGAUUUCCCUUUGAGAUCAAAUUUUGAACUGGUCGCUGAACUGAAGAAACUCGGUGGAGGAAACAUGCUGGAAACUUCAAAGCCAAGCAGUAGCAAAAGAGAACGAUUUACUUAUCAUUAUGAACUUAUGAAAGUGCCUUAUGAGUACAUGCAGAUGCCUGUAAAAACCAACAUUUCCAAGAAUCCACCACCUCAUGAUAUUGAGAUAUUUGUAGGCAGUGCCUAUUUUGUUUUAAGCCGAGAAUUUAUUCAGUAUACCCUUGAAAGCUCACUUGCAAAAGAUUUUUUUGAGUGGUCGAGGGACACAUACUCUCCAGAUGAACAUUUCUGGGCCACUCUUGUACGUGUCCCUGGGGUCCCUGGGGAAGUUCCAAGGUCAUCCCAGGAUGUAACAGACUUACAAAGCAAAACUCGUCUGGUGAAAUGGAAUUAUCUUGAAGACUAUUUGUAUCCUCCAUGCACUGGUACCCACCUUCGCAGUGUCUGCAUCUAUGGGGCUGGAGAAUUAAGGUGGCUUCUGAAUUACGGACACUGGUUUGCCAACAAGAUUGACUCCAAAGUAGAUCCUGUCCUGGUAAAGUGCUUGGCAGAAAAGGUGGCAGAACAACAGAAGGAGUGGGUACAUUUGUCCUCUGAUGAGCACUUUCUGCACUUAAGUUCUACGAAUGCCUUGACAUAG